AAACUUCUUUACAGAAAGGGUUGUUAAGCACUGGAAUAGGCUCCCCAGGGAGGUGGUUGAGUCACCAUCCCUGGAUGUGUUUAAAAACCGUUUGGAUGUGGUUCUCAGGGACACGAUUUGGCAGAAGGUUGUUAGAGUUAGGGUAGUAUGGGUAGGUUGCGGUUAGGCUCCGUGAUCUUGAAGGUCUUUUCCAUCCUGAGCAAUUCUAUGAUUCUGUGAUCCUAUAAUUCUCAAGAAUGGCUGUGACGUGUUCGUGUUUCCAGUCACGAGGGACCUCACCUGGCUGCCGUGACUUCUCGGAUACCGAUGAGUGGCAAGGUGACUAUGUCAGACAGUUCCCCCAGGACUCAGCGCGUUCCCACCUGCGGACGUCCAUCUCCCGUGGCCGGAGAGGCGCUGCGUUUCUCCAGAGUGGCAGCCUUCCUCCAGACCCGGCUACCGCCAUGAAAUCGCCUCACAGCGCCCCGUCUGUGGGCCCGGCCCCCCCGCAGCCGCCCGGGAACGCAUCGCGGCGCCCCCGCAGCGUCCCUCCCCCCGCCCGCGGUGCGCGGGGUUUUUCCAGGGAAGGGAGCGCACCGCGGAGGCGGGCGCCGCCCGGCGCCAUUCCCCCGGGACCGAGGUCACCGGGGCGGGACGGGGGAAGAGGAGCAGGAGUUGAUGAAUCAGCCGCAGGGUACGUGACUCUGCCCUUCUCCAGGCUCCUGCACCGGGCUCCCUGCAAUACGGAGGGCGGUGGUCGCCAACGGGCUGCUCCACCACAGGUGACACGAUACUUCUGCUAUUACAAACUGCUUCCAAAUAACAUUAAAAGCAGCUACAGGAAUAUAAAAUGCCUGUACGUAUUCAUCCUAGCCAAGAGAUCAGUGUUUGUAGGGAAGCAGGGAAGCUUUAGGAUCCAGCCAUCAGUGGAACUUUUUAAUGCACUUCAAGGAAUGUACCUAAGUAGCUCUUAGUCUCAAUCACAACAACCAUCUCACAGAAGACGAAUUGGUCUGUUUAGUCCCUUUUAAUGCAUAUAAACCACAACCGAAUGCAUACACAUCCUGGAGGGGCUGACUCCACCAGUUCUGAGUUGCUCUGGAGUUCUAGAUCCUACUGUGAAGUCAAUAGGAUAGCAGCAUAUACUGACAUGGGUCUUAGGUAUUUAAGACCUGGCGUUAAUUAGAUUUGUUACCUAAGUUAAAGCAGCACGACUCCCACACUCCCUCAGUGUGCUCACGUAGGUUUUAGCCAUCUGCUGGUGCUCACCAUUUACAGUCAAAGCCUAAGCUGCCCAAUGCCGGGCAGGCAGAGGGGACGCUUGGCCCCGUGCCCCAGUGAUGUGGCCAAAGCUUUUGCAAAUCUGGAUAAAUUAUCACUUUGCUGGGCUGCUGUCACACCGAUCAGCACAUGCCUAUCACAGACAAUCCUGAACUAACUUAAGAACAUUUCUGCUCUGCUGUCCUUUGCCUUGUUAGCUUGAGGCUUAGCAGGUAGUUUAGCUUACAACAGUAAGCAGAAACACAACCCCAAGACCUUUUCACUGCAACAGAAGAUAUUCCCACGCAAAGUGCCGUGGAAACAAAACAACACAGCCACAGCAUCAACCCCACCAACCUCCUGUCCUAACAGCACACUGAACAUCACUACAGAAAUAACAUAAGCACUUUUCUUGCAAACAGAGGAGGAGUUAGCCUGUGCCUGAAAGCAGCUCCAAGUAUGAUAAUACAGGAGAAACAUUUCCUUAUUCACCAUCCCUAUGUGCUGUAGAAGAGAAGCAGAAUGCUUUUCUCACCUGUUAUCCCAUCCCUACUUGAAAAAUUCCAGCCUGGGUAAUCACGAUGGGAACUAAAGUGUCAAUAGUAAAGUAUAAUUUCAUUUUAAUAAUGCCUUUAUUUUGUAAAGUGCACCAUAGUUAUUGGAAAAAAAAAAGCUUUUCCUUUAGUUAUGAUGUCCAGGCCAAAUUCAGAGAAUUUCAGUGGCUUGCUAAAACGCAUUACAUACACUCUAAAACCUGUGUGCAACUCUUAGAUACAACUCUGUUGCUGUGAUGCAUACUAAGUACAAAACCCGGUUAAACCCAAACACUGCACAACACAGCGCUUUGGCACAGAGGUUUACGAAGCUGUAA